GGAAGUCUGAGGAGUGAAUACAAACCGCUUGAUAGAGUUGCUGAAUUAAGAAGUGACACUGCAGUGGUGGAUGACGAUAUGGAAAACGAUCUCGUAGAUAUACAGCCAUUUGAUUCGGGAGAUACUAUCAGCGAAGUAUUUUUGAAUGUGAAGUUUGCUUCACGGGGAGUUACAGAGGCUUCGGUUGAAGUUAGCGUUUUGUCAAUCCCACAGCAGGUGCAGAACAUCGAGCAUUCCACUGCAUUCAUUGAUCAACAACUGUCUAACGAUGCUUUGUUGGGAAGUAAACCGUUCAAGACGGAAGCUUCUUUACCCAGGACCAGUUCUCAGAUUCCUGUGCUUGAUGCACAUCCCUCUGUCAUUACACAGAAGCGUGGUAUUAGUUUGGCGGCCAAGUCAACGCAGAUGGGGAAGGAAUCAUCUGCUUCUCAAGAACCUGCGAAUACUUUUGAGAUGAACAAUGAAAGCAAUUUUGCUGAGGAUUCUGCCAGUGAAAUCGAACCACCUGUACUGGAUGGACCCAUUAUUGGAUCGCCACAAUGUGAAUAUAAAGCUGGAGUAGACAUGCCUCCAACACUUAUGGCUGAUGGUGUCGUAAACAAAGAAAAUCCAAAGCCAAUGCAUUAUGUAGUUGGUGAAAUCUAUAGAGUUCAUACACCAAAUGGUACUGAACAAGAAGUGCAAUUAGCAGUCAUGGAUGAUGCCGUAGAUCAUCGCCACUCUUUGGACCUUUUAGGCACGGAAGCAUUAGUGAAUGCCAAUGGCGAGAUAGUGGACAUGACCCCUGAGGACACCUAUGCUGCGAUUGACAUAUGUGACAUCGAAUUCAACUUUCUUGACGAAAAGAACGUCGUUUGUGGCCUCUGUGGAGAGGUGGUGGUGUAUGCGACACUCUUCACUGGCCAUCUCGCAAGAAUACAUCCUGAGAUGUUGGAACCAGACAUGGUGAUUGGUGAUAUGACAUAUAUCGAUUACUUGAAAUCAAAGCUAGAAACCGAUAGGAAGAACAUACAAAAUGGAUUCAAGUUUGCGAAGCAAUCGAUAUACCGAAAAACACCUCGUAAGGUCAGCCAAAUUCGCAUUAAUCCAUCCGAAAUGAACAUGGCUCAGCUCGAAGUUGCGUUGCGGAAGAAGCUGCUGGAAAAGAUGGGACGAAGAGUCAGUUGUUUUGGGUUUUUACUUAUAAUUCCACAUUUUGCUGCUAUGUAUAGGCAACAUUUUCCUGAAACGACGCUGCGCUUCAAAGUUUUGUUCUCAAAUGACAAAGUAAUGCUGAUGCCAAUGAGAAACGAUGACUGGCGCGAAAUUUCUUUCAUGAAUCUGGUUUCAUUUUACUUCUGUUCGUUCAUUCUUUUCUCCGUGACUUGGCCUAAAAAUAUGGGUGAAGGAAUUGAUCGAACGUCUGUAAUCAGGCUUGAGUGGCCUAAAUGGUGA